GACAACCAUGGAGCAGGUCGCGCUCCCGUUGCAGGGGGUCGAGGUCGUCGACAUGGUGCUCCGAGACUGGCAGCCGCCGCCUUCGGCCCCAGCCCCCGCCGCCACGGCCGCCGAGGAGGCUACGCUCUUCUGGGGCGUAGACAACGGCACCCUGGCCGUCAGCAACGCCUCCCUCAACUGCUCCAACGACUACUGCCUGCCCGACGACGAGUACCUGGACCUGAUCGAGACGUACGUGUUCCCAACCACCUACGAGUGGCUACUCAUCGCGCUGCACGCGGCCGUGUUCUGCAUUGGGCUGGUGGGCAACGCGCUCGUCUGCGCCGCCGUGUACCGCAACCCGGGCAUGCGCACCGUCACCAACUACUUCCUUGUCAACCUGGCCGUGGCCGACUUCCUCGUCAUCCUGCUAUGCCUGCCGCCUACCGUCGCCUGGGACGUGACCGAGACGUGGUUCAUGGGCAUGGCCCUCUGCAAGGUGGUGCUCUACUUCCAG